GCCAAACUGAAGUCAAUCGGCAAAAAUUCGCAUGUCUGCCCGCGGCAAAUGAAAAACAAAGUCCCGCUCACAACUUUUAUUAUUUUUGAUAAACCUAGAGUUACGGUGUUCCAACGAGGGGAAAACAAAAUUCACAUCUCUGCGAGCCGCUAAAAUUCAGUUCAUUCGUGCCAACAGAUCCAGACGAGAACGAAGAGCGGAAUAUAACUGAACCAAAGGAGAAGCUAGAGGCCGUGUCCGGUACCUUUUACUUCGUAUCCUGUCAACCAUAAUCCACCGGGACUCUGGAGUGUCAUACUCGAGCCGCAGCGCUAUUCGGCUAUUCCUCUGGAGCUUUGGCUUGUCAGUGAUCUCAUUCUCAUAUCUGAGUAUGAGAAUUGAUCACAAAGAGGGGUAUAACAGAGCCAGGUAUGAGGGCUUUUACUAAUCUAUCGUGUUCCUUGUUUUUAUUCUUGUUCGGAUCUUGUACAUGGAUCUAAUACUUGUUAGUUUGUAGAUUCAACGAGCAUGAUUAUUUGAUUAUUGCAAGUGGUUUGUGAUUUUGAUUAUGCCCUCUAACUGUUUGACAAAAUUACCUAGAGUCUUGUGAAGGGGUGUGAUAAAUAAAAUUAUUCUCUUAAUUUGGAGUGUCUAACUGAACAAAUCUUAGGACAAAAGUAUAUACAUGAAAAGCUAAUACUUGGUAAACUUCAUUUUUAUAAUAUAUCAAAUUUUAUAUACAAAUCCGUAUUGUUGAAUAUUUUCCCAGUCCACCUAAAAUUCAGAAAAAGUGAAGUACAUCUAUUGUUUGGAAUGAUGUGGGAUUUCUGUAUCAAUUUGGUACAAUAUGACUGCCCAUUGCCUUCUGAUAUAAAAAUCCCUAUCCAGCCACACCAAGUACCCACUCUUAGAAAGAAAAAUCACCCCUUUUCGUUUUGUUUUUUCCAUUCUUACAAUUCCAGUCUCCAGGAUUAGUUCUUUUCAUCUGGGGGGGGGGGCAUGUAAUUAUAAUAUAUUUGUCACUUCUUCAUCUCAAAAAACUGGUGUGAUGAAAGUGGUAUCAAACAUCUACUAGCUUAUAAAAGGAGUUUUAAAUAGUUGUAAAAAAACAGAUAACGGAUCACCCCCACUAGAAAAAGAUUAUUAUUUAUAAUUUUACACUUCCAACAUUGUUUUUUUAUCGUGAUAUGUAAAGUGGUUAGUAAACCUCAUACAUUUAUAAUUUCUUAAUUAUAUGUAAGUAAAUACUGGAGUUAUUAUGAUUGAUAAAUGGUAAUGCAUGUGUUCUUGAUACACUUAAAAGAUUUGAGACCCUUCCUCCAACUUUCAUCAAAUAGUUUCAGUAUAAAAGGUGAUAUAUAGGUAGGAAAUGUUCGUUAAACUUUUUUAAUAACACAUAGGUAGCAUCAUGUGAGGAAAGACUAGGCUCCGCUUAAGGAAAGACUAGUACUUUUCCAUAUAUCUUGGACACUAUUCUCUUUGUUUUUUUAUUCUUGUUUUUAAAUAUUGUUAUUCUAAUUUAGUUUUUCAGGUUCUGGUUGUUCGAAUGUUCACUCAUAUUUGAUGUUGUGUUCUUCCCCAUUUUCUGUUGAGUAAUAGUUACUUUUUUUCUAAUUUGCUAAAAUUAUUUAUCAAUAAGUAUGAUAACUUAUGUUCAUUUAUGUCUAUUGUUUUCAAUUUUUUACAAAUUAUAUUCUACACUGUUCAAAGGUUUAGUUGUAUUUUUACGAAACCUUUUAUUUUAAACUUAUAUUUUUAGUAUACUGUUGUACCUCAUUAAAAUUGAAAACUUUUUAAUAAUAAAGCUACCAUACUUGGUGUAUCCGGUAUGGUACCGUACUCGUAUCUUUUCAACAUAUUAUAAGUUGAUUGUGUAAGAUGUCGCAUUUUUUAUUAAUAGAUGGCAUCUACUUCUCCAAGUAAAGAGUGGAUGGAUUCAGAAACUUUAUCCGAAAAAUACUUGUUAGGUGUUGCGACAUUCCUUCAAUUUACAAAAGAGAAGUUAGGUGGUGAUGAUUGGUAUUGUUGUCCCUGCAAGAAAUGUCUUAAUAAAAAGAAGAAUAAUUUAAAUGUUAUAUCUGAGCACUUGGUAUCUAAAGGAAUAUUCUCAUGCAAGGACUACUCCCGGUGUUUCUGAUGUAUGGAUUUAAAAAGGAAAAGCCUUUACGGGCUGCAAUUCAACAAUUGGGAAUUUUUUUUAAAGUCCUUUGUUCAAAGGUUAUUAAUCGUGCAGAACUUUCCCAAAUCCAAAAGUGUAUCGUGGAGACAUUGUGUGUCUUUGAAACAUAUUUUCCGCCAUCUUUUUUUGUUUCGAUGACACAUGUGAUACACUUGGCUGAAGAGGCACAACUUUGUGGACCAGUCAGAUAUAGAUGGAUGUACCAAUUUGAGAGGAUGAUGAGGACUUACAAAAGAUAUGGUAGAAACAAGACUUUUUUGGAGGGAUCUAUUGCGGAGCAAUACAUCUUGGAAGAAGCAAUGAGGCACUGCAUGGAGUACAUACCCCAUGGUAUAGAUAGAAGCCAUAAACGAGGAGGGCGAACGUACAUUGAAAAUGAAGAUGAAUGUCCUUAUCCUAGCAAUGCAAAUGGUAAAAUAUAUAGGCUUUCAGGAUUGCAAUAUGAACAAGUACGCAAAUGGGUCUUGAAGCAAUCUUCUGAAAAUGCUGAAUGGGAGGAGAAAUACCAAACAUAUCUUCGAGAACAAAAUUCUAGCGGGAAACGAGUGAAAGCGACACAAUUGAAGAUAAAGACCAUGAACUAUAUUCCUUGGUUAAGACAACAACUUGAGAAGGAAGAAAUGACUCAUUUUAAGAGGCUUGCUAAUGGACCAGAUUCUGAUGCUUUAGCAUAUAAAGCAUAUGCAGUAAAUGGUUAUAUUUUUACACAGCGGAUGCAGAAUCUAAUUCAAGUACACAGAACAGCGGAGUAUCCGUGAAUGCUGUUACGAGUUUUAGAUCAAGUGCUAAAGAUAAGAAUCUAAUAGAUGAAGAAGUUACUUAUUAUGGCAUUGUCAAGGAAAUACUGGAGCUAAAUUAUUACGAUUUUAGACAAACUGUCUUCUAUUGUGAUUGGGUGCGUAUAGAAGACAAAGUAAAUGGAUGUGUAGUGGAUCCAGAAUCAAACUUGGUUUUUGUAAACUUUGCAAGGUUUAGAAGAAAUUCAAAUGAAGAUGAUGAACCAUUUAUACAUGCUUCAGAAGCAACUCAAGUUUUCUAUUGCAAGGAUGAAACAAGGGAUGCUUGGCACUUGGUUCUAGAAUCUCCAAAAAGAUUAAGUCAUUAUGUGGAUGCUUAUCAAGAUCCUUUUAUUUUUACAGAAACAACAUGCAACAAUUCAUUAACCAACCUAAUUCUUGCUGAAAAUUCUGGACCUGAUAAAGAUUAGCAUAUGCUUUUCUAGAAUUAGAAAUACUAUCUAUGGAUUUAUUUUGUUUCAAAUCACUAUGUGAUUGAUUAUGUUGUACCUUUUAUAGUUUUAAUAUGUUUGAUUGUGAAAAUCAGCCUGGAUUAUGAGGCUCUUCAGGAUCAAUCUAAUGAUGCACAUUGCAGCGGGAGUGAUAAAAAGACAUUUGAUGAAUCAGCCUGUUGGUAUUGGAGCAAAGACUUUUUUCUGGAUUCUUUUGGUGGCCUGUUGGUCUUAUUCAAUGAAUUUUGGCAGCCUGUUGGUAUUGGAGCAGAGACUUUUUUAACAGUAGUUGGAAAUUUAGAACAGGUCUUGGAUAAGAGGUUCAGACACUUUUCAGAUUAUUAUUGGUGGAUGCUGCACUGUUUGAAUGGGGUGUGAAUUUGGCCUAGCAAGCACAUGUUUUUAAAAGAACUUGAGAAAGGGUCAGUUCCUAUGGACGCUUAGAUGCGGGAGUUUCACCGGAUGAAGAAGCAGUAGCAUUAUUGAUGGGAUCUUUGUUGGUGAACUCAUAGAUUUGUCAAAAAAGAUUGUUCAUCUUUUAUUUUAUUAAUUAGUAGUUACAAUUUACUCUAGUUUUUGUUAAAUGUUAGAAUUUUGACCAUUUGUGUCAAUGACUCAAUGGUACAUACUUAAUGCUAAAUACAUUUUAGACCUGGGUCGGUUUUGAUUGUGUUUCAUAGAUGAA